UAACUGUUCAUGCUGGACGUCGUUACAAAUUUUCUUUUACCAAAAACUACCGCCCUUCUUCAAUCAAAAAAUAAAAAAACAGCCCUGGGCACAGGGGCCGCCUCUGCCGUGUCCUCCUGGAGCUGCCCCUCCCUCCCGGCGCCGUCUGUCCCUCGCUAGCGCCGCCCCUCCCUCGCCGAGCCGCCUCCCCAUGCCCUCCACCGUUCCGAGCUUCGAGCUGACCCGCAACAAGCCCGCAUGGCCGGCGCCGCCGCAGCUCGCGCCCGUGCGCGGCCGGCGCGGCUGCUGCUCGUGCCCGCGCCGGCCCGGCGCGGCUGCUGCUCGUGCCCGCGCCGGCCCGGCGCGGUUACUGCCCAUGCGCACCUCGGCCUCCACCACUUCGAGCUCCGGGCUGACCAGAAGCAUGCCCGCAUGGCCGACGCGGCUGCUGCUCGCGCCCGACGCCGCUGCUGCCCCUGCGCACGUAGGCCUCCAUCGCUCUGAGCUGACCCGCCGGAUGCCCGCAGGGCCGGCGCCGGCGCCGCUCCCGCCCAUGCGCGGCUGGUGCCGCUGCUGCUCCUCCCGAGUUCGCCGCCGGCCGGGGAGACGGCCACAGGCGGCGCCGCCCCUGCGGAGUACCAUGGAGAGGACCACCGCAGACACAAGAUCGGUGCGCCGCCACCUCUCCUCUCCCGGCGUCACCCUCCCCGACGAUCUGAUCGUGGGGGAGAUCCUCGUCCGGCUUCCGGCCAAGUCGCUCUUCCGGUUCCGUGCGGCGUGCCGCUCCUGGUGCAGCCGCACCUCCACGCACCAGUUCAUCUCUUCCUUCGGCCGCAAGCUUCCUCUCGUCGGUCUGUAUUCGAACCCCCUGAAAAGCUUACACGACAAAUCUGGCCUCGAGUCUGUGGAUGUUCUUGCCGCCGCCAACAACCUCAGAUCUGUCCUCACUUUCGAUUGCUACUCGAACUGGCUCUGCGCUUCCUUGGAUGGCCUCUUGUUGGUGUCCUACGGCAAUGGCCGCCACACCAUUUGCAACCCUGCCACCCGGCAAUCGAUCCCGCUCCCUCAGCUCACCGGAGGAGUCGUUGCAGGGUUGUACUCGUCGCCCACCGCCGACAGGGGCGUGGAGUACCGUACUCUGUUUUCCAAGGGAAGACUCCCCAUGUGCAAUCCCAAGUACUACAUCCUCACCGUCGGCUCACCAAUGGAGCCCAGACCCGUCCAGCUGCCUGAGGAACCCGACAAUCUGAAGAUAGCGUUGCUCCAUGGCAUCAACGAUCCCACUCCAAGCCUGUGCCAUCGGCCAACAGUUAUGCUCAACAGCUGUCUUCACUGGGUGCCAGAGUCAUGCCGUCAUGACAAAGUGGUUGUUUUCGAUACGGUGGCCGAGUCAUUCAGAUCCAUUCAAUCUCCGACUGCCGCCCAAGAAAAUACUCGCUUGUUUGAGAUGGGCAGUCAGCUUGGCUUCAGCUUGUACAAUGGCACAAGUGAUACAAGGUUCUAGCCAGCUUAUUCACUGUGAUACUGAAGCAAAUGUACUGAACCAGUUAACAUGUGAACCAAGAGAUCCAAGCGUCACUGGACAUUGGUUCAAGGAGAACAUUUCGAGGCAUGAUUUCU